AUGGAGGGUCAACUAAACCUCGCACAAGUCCCACCUUGUACAGUUACCGCUACUGAGGCGUCCGAGGCUUUGAAGGCGUAUUACACUACGGGGAGCCUUCUGAAGGUUGAAAGGCUUUCCGGUAAAAUACUACCGAUGGAAAGUUGCUACAUCAACCUGGCCGUCGUUCGGUUGGAUGAUACCCCAGCACCGCAUAAAUCUCAAUCUUCUCCGUUUUCCCUCACGAGGAACGUCGGGAUCGAGUUGGAUGGCGAAGAUGUGAAACUGUGUGAUCUAUUUAAUUCAAUAAAUCUCUCAAACGGCGAAAAAGGGAGUCCAAAGCGUAUCCUUAUCCGGGGAAGGGCAGGAGUCGGGAAGUCUACCUUGUGCAAGAAGAUUGUCCACGAAUACAUUCACAAUGGAAUGUGGAAUCAGCAUUUUGACUGGCUAGUCUGGGUCCCUCUGCGAAUCCUCAAGAAUAUAGAGACACAUGGUCCCUACACACUUGGAGACCUAUUCACCCAAUAUUUCUCUACAAACCCUAACACCAAGGACCUGGCCGAGUGCGCAUGGCGCACCAUUACAGGGCCAGCUAAGGAUAGGACUCUUUUUGUACUUGAUGGUUUGGACGAGGUAUUUGGCCAAUGGAAUGAAGGGGAGCCUAUACAAGUGUUCCUGGAUAGUCUUCUCGCACAAGACUAUGUCAUUAUCACAACUCGGCCGUACACGUUGGACCGGGAAAGGCUUGAACCAAUUGACCUUGAGUUGGAGACUAUUGGAUUCCGGCCCGAGCAGGUGAUGGGCUAUCUCGAAAACAAAGGGAUUGUACCCGAAAUUGUGACGAAAGAGAUCCAAUUCUUCCUAGAACAACGUCCGAUCGUUCGGGAACUAGUUCUGAUUCCGAUUCAGCUUGACGCAUUGUGCCAUAGCUGGGGCAAUGCAUUCAAGAAUGAAGCCCCUGAGACAAUGACUGAAGUCUAUCUCGCCAUUGUGAACAAGCUGUGGAGUAAAGAUCGGCAUCGUUUGCAAAGAGCAAACAUGGAGACAGAGAAGGAGGCAAGGGAGAGUACCUCGCCAGAAAGCAAAGAAGAAGUGAAAGAGGCAAUGAACCUCAUCGAAGGUAUUGCUUUUGACGGUAUAUAUAAUAAUAAGGUCGAGUUUGGGAAAACGGAGUGGGAUCAAACUCAUCGUUUCCUAAAGACUCAAAAUAUGAAAUCCCCGGGUUACGCGCACCUUGUCCUCGGAAAGCUAUCGUUUCUGUGCACAUCUGAUACUACAUUGAAGGAGGGCCAACAAAAGUAUCGCUUUCUCCAUCUCACUUUCCAGGAAUUUUUCGCAGCCCGACAUUUCGUGAGACACUGGUUGAGCAACAAGCCACUACUCUACCAAGGUCCAGACGGGAGCACGUCGGUGAUCAUACCAAAGAACUUUCUGCAAGAGCGGAAGUACGACGCGCGGUAUGACAUAAUGUGGCGCUUCGUUGCUGGCCUCUUUCAUGCAGGAUGGGAUCAAGGGAUGGUCAGCAAUACACCACUGAAUCUAUUUUUUCAAGAGCUGGAAGCCGGACCGCGUGACUUUCUUGGACCAACACAUCAGCGGCUGAUUAUGCAUUGCCUCAGUGAGGUGGCCGGCACGAAACGUCGAGGAACCCUUGAGUGUCGAGAGCGGUUAGAGAGCAGGCUGCUUCGAUGGGUGAAUUUUGAAUGGGAGCUUUGCAAAACAACCGAGCUAUUGUCUGAGCCAGAAUUUCCAGUAUCUGGCAUAACCACUCUACUUCGUGACGAUUCUCAUAUAGGGAGGGAGCAUGUUUUACGUAUAGUGAGCAUGCGGCCAAGAUUGUCAGAAGACACAUUAAGCAUAAUAACCUUACUGCUGAAUGACAAAGAUGUCAAGGUGAAAAAGGCUGCAGCUGAAGCCUUGAAGACACAGUCAAAUCUACCCCAAGCCGCUUUGGAUAGACUUUUCCUACUACCUAAAAAUAGUAGAGAAUUAAGAGAGGUUGCAACUUACGCCCUAGAAAAGCAGCCAAGUAUACCCCAAGCCAUUCUUGAUAGAAUUAUCCUACUACUUAAGCAUGAGCAUCCUGGGAUUAGGGAUGUUGCAGCUCGAGCCUUGGUACAACAGUCGAAUCUACCUCAGGCUACUCUUGAUGAGCUUAUCUUACUACUUAAGGAUAAGACUUGGGAGUCUAGAGAGGCUAUAAUUGAACCUUUGAGAUGGCAACCGCCUCAAGUCACUCUUAACGAGCUCGUCUCACUAUAUAAAGACAAGAAUUGGGAGCCUAGAGAGGCUGCUAUUAAAGUAUUAGAAAGAAAGUCCACCCUACCUACUCUUAAUGGACUUAUCUUAUUACUUAACGAUAAGAACCAAGAGGUAAGAGAGGCUAUAGUUAAAGCCUUAAAAGGUCAGUUAACUCUGCCUCAAGCUACUCUUGAUGGACUUAUCUUGCUACUUAAGGAUGGGAACUGGAGGGUGAGAUGGGCUGCAGCUGAAGCGUUAAGAAUACAACCAACCAUACCCCAGGCUGCUCUUGAUGGGCUUAUCUUGCUACUUAAGGAUGAGGAUAAGAUGGUGAGACAGGCUGCAACUAAAGCUUUAGAAGAGAAGCCUACCCUGCCUCAACCCACUCUUGAUAGACUUAUCUUACUACUUAAAGAUAAGAACCAGGAGGUGAGAUGGACUGCUGCUAAAGUCUUAGAAAAACAAUCCACCCUACCUCAAUCCGCUCUUGACGGACUUAUCUUGCUGCUCGAAGAUGAGAACGAGGAGGUGAGAAGGAGUGCAUUCAUUAGUUUGAGAGCAAAUGAGAUCUUUACUAUAAUGCCAACCUAUACCGCAAAGCUACCGUUGUUCAGAUGCUGGCUGGCUGAAAGUUUUACGGAGCAAAUAAGUAUAUACCAACACGGGGACACACUCAUUCUCAAUACGCCAGAAAAGCUAAAGUGUGCUCAGCUGGAUUCUUUCUCACAUUCACGGUUUCUUUGGGAUGUCCAACAGGCGCAGGCAGGCCUAGAGACGCCUCUAGAAUACGAUCCUUGGAUUUGGACCUUAUUCUGGGACCUUUUCCAGAUAUAUCCUAGAAGUCUAGAUAUACUAGAAAUCCUCGAAUUUGUCAUGGCACUGGUAUUCGUAAUACGGAUAGAGAUUUUACGAGUGAUUUACCACUAA